AUGUCUCAACCUGCACAUACCAUCACAACCAUACAACGUGCAACUGUUAUUGCUGUCCCAGCACCUCCAGCUUCACCAGCACCACUAUACCAAACCCUGGAUGAUGAGUUUGAUGACUGUCUGCUUCAAACUGAGAUCAAUGAAAUAGGAAUGAGGCAGCAGGAGCAAAUACAGGGCUCUACUCUGAGAACAUUGGUGUGCCCUUACUGUCAGAUGGGUGGGCUGGAUGCUAAGGAACUGCGGGAUCACUGCAAUGCCCAACUUGCCUAUGACAGCACAUGUGUGGUUUGUCCUGUGUGUGUUGUUUUGCCUCAUGGUGAUCCACAGUACUACAGCCGCAAUUUUAUCGGCCAUCUUAAUCUGCGACACAUUGAGGAUAUAACUAGUAGAGAAGAAAAGAGUAGAGAAGAAAAGAGUCAGAACAGAUCAGUCAGAUGUUGGCGGAAUAGAUGUGUUUUCAGGCGUUUCUUAAAGAUGGCUACAGAAUCUGCAGAUCUUGUAGCAGUGGGCAGAUCAUUCCACAUAGGUGGAACAGAUCCGGAGAAGGUGCGCGAGAGAGAUUUUUUACCUUUAUGGGAUGGCACCACAAGACGUCGUUCGUUUGCAGAGCGUAGGGAUCUGGCGGGUACAUAUGUCUGCACCACCAGUAGUGGUCUUGUAGGCCAGGAGCAGAGACUUAAAUUUGAUGCGAGCGACUACGGGAAGCCAAGUUACAUUGUUAAGUGUUUCAUGACACACACGUGUUAUGGUUAAUUAUCCUGUGUUAGUUCACCUUUAAACAGUCCUCAUGUUUAUUGUCCUGUGCCAGUUCAUUUUGUGACAUAUCUCUGAUGAGAGUAUUGUUUAUGCCUGUGAUCUUUACCAAGAGUCAAGUAAGUCAAGUCAAGUCCAGUCAGUGUAGUUAUUUGUCCAGUGUUGUAUUCAUCUAGUCUAGUUAGUCUGUGUUCCUGUUGUCUACUUGAUUAUUCCCUUUGUCAUUAUUGUUUCACCCCCUCGUGGGCCUUUGUUUUGUGUUUGUUUUGUCUGUUGUCCAACACUGCCUGCAAUUGGGUUCUUCCUCACAAUUCACGACAACUGCCAUAUUUGACUAUGCACAAAUAUCCUUAUAAAAGCCUAAUUGGCAAAAAGAUUUUCUGAUACAAAUCUGAAGUUGAAAUUAUUUUUAAGAUAUAGGCUUUGUUAUAUUAAAUACAGAAAUGUA